GGUGUAUUGUCCGCGCCACAGACAAGGCAAUGGUUCUCUUUCCACAGGCAACACAGUAGAAAGAAAACGGCUCAAACUCCAAAGCUUUCCAAAGAAAGUACUCCACGCAAUAAAUUUCCCUCCCUAGCUGGUAUCAGUUUCUACUUCUAGGGUUAGGGUCUGGAAAUGGAAACAGAGAAUGGUGAGUAUGGAAGGCAAGAACGCAUUGCUCUGGUGGCCAUUGUGGUGGUGGCUUCACUGACAGUGGCUUCCCUGCUGGUUGCAUUUAGUUAUUAUUGCUAUAUACGUAACAAGCUCUCCAAACGCCUUAAAAACCACAGUAGGGAAGGGUAUGAGGACAAAGGUUGCUUUACAGAUCUCGAAGUUGUUGCCGGGAAAGGCCUUAACGUGUUCACAUUUAAGCAAUUGCAUUCAGCUACUGGUGGUUUCAGCAAGUCGAAUGUGGUUGGGCAUGGUGGGUUUGGAUUAGUGUAUCGUGGAGUCCUUAGCGAUGGAAGGAAAGUUGCAAUUAAGUUAAUGGACCAAGCAGGGAAGCAGGGGGAAGAUGAAUUUAAAGUGGAGGUGGAAUUGCUGAGCCACCUGCAUUCUCCUUAUCUGCUGGCAUUGCUUGGGUAUUGUUCAGGUGACAAUCAUAAAGUGCUGGUGUAUGAGUUCAUGCCAAAUGGUGGUCUGCAAGAACAUUUGCAUCGUAUCACUAGUUCCAAUACUGUUUCCAUAAGUUUGGACUGGGAAACACGUUUGAGAAUUGCCCUCGAAGCUGCUAAGGGUUUGGAAUAUCUCCAUGAGCAUGUUAAUCCUCCAGUGAUUCAUAGAGAUUUUAAAAGCAGCAACAUCCUCCUGGACAGAAAUUUACACGCCAAAGUUUCUGAUUUUGGAUUGGCCAAGCUUGGACCUGACAAAGCUGGUGGACAUGUUUCUACUAGAGUGCUGGGCACCCAGGGAUAUAUCGCCCCUGAGUACGCAUUAACUGGCCAUUUGACAACAAAAUCAGAUGUCUACAGUUAUGGGGUUGUUCUCUUGGAAUUGCUUACUGGCAGAGUUCCAGUCGAUAUUAAGAGACCUGCUGGGGAAGGAGUUCUGGUAUCUUGGGCACUGCCACGGUUGACAGAUAGAGAGAAGGUUGUGGAAAUUAUGGAUCCGGCAUUGGAGGGCCAGUAUUCAAUGAAAGAGGUUAUUCAGGUGGCAGCAAUUGCUGCAAUGUGUGUGCAACCAGAGGCAGAUUACAGACCGUUGAUGGCAGAUGUUGUGCAGUCACUUGUACCACUGGUAAAAACGCAGCGGUCAACUUCAAAGGUAGGAAGCUGCUCGAAUAUCCAUGCAGACCGGUGUCACACGCCGCAAGACUUGGUAGAGAAAACAUGAAGCUGGUUAAAAGCAACCAUAAUUAAUGUUCUACAAGAACUUAGAUUUGGUGUCCAUUUAGGACAUUAUGUUGUCUUUGGUUUGUCACGUUAGAGGAGCUAGAUUAGUUUGGAUCUGUGGUCGGCGGCAUUUGAGAUGCUGAUUCUCUCGCUUUGAAAUACUGUGUUAAAAAUGUUUCUCCAAUAUUUUGAUCUCCGACCACCCUCGUAGUAUGAUUUGGAAUUUGCAGAGUUUAA